AGAGAAAAUAACACAAACAUUUUGGCGGCAGCAAAAACGUCAAAAAUAACCAACUGAACAGGCCAUUCAGAGAAAAUUUGAUUGUUAACUAUGCCACCGAAAAAGCGAGAAGCAGCUGGCGCCAAUGGUAAAGCUCCAAAGUCAAAGCGUCAAAAGAAAAAGAAGGACGAAUUUGAUGACUCUGAUUCAGAUGUCGGUGUCGAUGAGGCGAACAAUGGAAAUGGUCCACAAGUCGUAGAAGACACCGGACCCGCUGUUGAUAUCACUUUGGAAGCUCCAAUGAUCAGCGGUGAACUUCUCUUGUGUGGUAUGAUGAACUGGGACAUGACUGGACGUAAAAGUCUUCCUAAAGGAGCGAAUUCAAAGGGUCCAAACCUGUGGAAACCGAAUCGUCUUGCCGGUAUCACAGGGGAAGUUAGGGUACGCACAAUUGUCAGUAGCAGCAUGAGUGCCCACAACGUAAUCAUUGACACCGCAGGAAAAGCAUAUUCCUUUGGGAGAAAUGACAAGGGCCAACUUGGUCUCGGACAUUUAAACCGUGUGGACAAGCCAACAGUCAUUGAGUGUCUUGAUGGAUUGAACAUCAUAGCUGCUGCAACGGGAAGGAGCCAUACCCUCUUCCUAACAGACAAGGGUCAAGUGUUCAGCUGUGGAGAAAACAAGAUGGGUCAACUUGGAAUCGGUACAUCCGUAGCGCAUGUUGCCAGCCCACAGAGGAUCGCAUACAGGGGUCCACCUGUUCGUACAUUUGCGUGCGGGGCAGAGUUCAGCAUGAUGGCGGAUAUCAGGGGAAAUCUGUACUCAUUUGGAUGUCCGGAAUAUGGACAGCUAGGUCACAACACCGACGGUCAGUAUUUCCUCACUAGCAACAAGCUGUCGUUCCACUUUGAGACCACCCCUAGGAAAGUUGCGGUUUGGAUUGAGAAAUCAAGGGACGGUCGUGUCACACCAAUUGUCGAUGUGGAAGUCCGGGAGAUUGCCUGUGGAAUAAAUCACACUGUUGUUGUCGACAGCAAGAAGCGUGUUUUCUCUUGGGGGUUCGGGGCGUACGGGCGACUAGGCCAUGCGGAAAACAAAGAUGAGAUGGUUCCAAGACUCAUAAAGUCAUUCGAGGGGCUAAACAGAGGUGCCAGCACUGUGAAAGCAGGAUCCAGCUUCUCUUUCGCUGUCACUGAAACUGGAGCGUUGAUGUUCUGGGGACAAACUAAGACAUCAGGAGAGGCCACUAUGUACCCGAAACCCGUUAUGGACCUCAGUGGAUGGAGAAUAAGGAGUGUUGGCUGUGGGAAGAGCAGUGUAGUAGUUGCGGCAGAUGAUAGUGUGGUUGCCUGGGGACCUAGCCCUGCAUAUGGUGAACUGGGUUUUGGAGAGGGCUGCAAGUCAUCCACAACCGCGAAGGAAGUGAAGAACCUAGAGGGCCUGUACAUCCACACAGUCUCAUGCGGCCAAUCCCACACCCUCAUGUUGGCCCGGGUAGACACAGAGGAGGAGAAGGCCAGUCUCAACAAGUUGCCUCUGUAUACGCCGGGCUAACCCUAUACCCUUUGUAUUGCUGUUUGACAGAGGCUGCAGUGGAUUUUUCUGACAGGUGUCUUAAGUGAAAAAGGCCUGAUUCUUAUUACUUACAUGUGCUUUAGUUAAUGGUUUAUGUUAUAUGUGCAAGUCUUAAAUAACUUUUAGAUGACUUAAUCAAAGAUUUGAUUGUUUUUUGACAGUUGAUGACUGGAGUAUUAAACAAUUCAUGUGGUUUUGAAGUUAAUGAUUAAAAAACAAAAAAAUAUAAUUUGUCCCAUUGAAGCAAAAGAAAAGACAUCUGUUUAAUGAUUUAUUGUGUGUCUUAGUUUGAAAUUCUGUAUCCGCAAGUACUAUAUUAUAAGUGUAUGGACCAUUUUUUUUGUGAGCUUCGUUUUGUAUAACAGUUGAACCCUGAUGACUCAAACUCCCAGGGACAGUCGAAAAUACCUUGAGCCUUGGAAAAUUUAAGCCAAUAAAAAUGCUUACUUUCAGUAGAAAAAAAAUGGUCAUUUACAUCCACUUGUAGCCAAGGAGGAUAUCAAGACGAGCAGGUUUGAACCAACAGGGUUCGACCGUAAUUCAUUGUAACCAAUUGUGGAUGAAAUCAAAUAUGAUCCGACUGGUUGUUUAAUAUUUUUGACUAAUUUUGUGUGAAUCUCUUUUAAUAAGGAAGUGGCAUAAUACCAAUAUUUUUCUCCCACCAAAUGGUAAAAAUGCCUCAAAUUGGUCUUUAAUUUCACUUGUUAAUGGAGCCUUUAAAUUUGUAAAUAAUUUCAAUGUAGUUUGGUCAUUGUGAGGAUGUAUGUAUUGUUUUCGAUAGUUUAGUUUAAAGAUUGGUGAUUAUGAUUGUGUGUGAGAGAUAUAAGCACCUGUGUUGUGAAUGAUUUAUCAAUAUUUACGCCUUCCUUAUGAUCAGUGUUAAGGGCUUGGCACAAGACUGACCUAACUGUAUAUGGAAUAGAAGGAAUUACAUGUGUCUUUUCUUGAGAGCCCUUGAUUAUUAUGGCAAAUCAGAUGUUUUUCUAAAUUGAACAUCAGGAAGUGAUAAUUUUAUUUUACAUUCAGGGCUGUCUUUUGAUUUGGAGCGGCUAUAAGACCCAGUUCCCCAAGAAAAGGAAUAGAGCUUUUUUCCAUUAUCUUUAAAAUCUAUCCUUUGAAAAUACAAUUGCAGGUCAAAUUUAAAUUAAAAAAAAAUCAUUUAUUAUUGACACUAUAUUGUGUACUGUGUUUUGAUACAAUUGUAUAUUUCAGCAAUUUGCAUUAAAUGUUUUUUUGUUAGUUUUUUUGUCAACUUUCAAAAUUCCACUUUAAAGCAAAAAUAAUGCUAUUUAAAAGUCCUCUUUUUCAGGGCUCUGGCCCCUUCCCCAAAUGUAGAAAGACAGCCCUGACUUAACUUUUGUGGCAUUAACUAAAUUCAGUCAUAAUAGCUCGAUGAAACAUGUGUAUUUAAGCAGGGUACUUGCAUUACAGUACUUCAAAAACUUCCACUAACAACAAAAUUUUACCAUACUUGUUUACAGUGGAACUUUGUUGGCUCGAACUCCCAGGGACUAACGAAAUAACAUCGAGCCUCGGAAAAUUUGAGCCAAACGGGAAUGCUUACCUUCAGUAUAAAGAAAUUUGUCCUCUACAUUCAGUUUGAGUCAAGGAGGCGUUCAAGCCAAGCUAGUUCGAGCCAACAGGAAUCAACUGUAAUUUCCUUUGUAAUAUUUGUGUUUUCCGAGCCCGGGGUCCAUUGACCCAAUUUCGGUUGACAUACUAGGGGUCUCUGGUAAUUUUAUGCAGUCCUUGUAAAUAUUUGAUUUCAAGCUCAAAGUUUUUAAAGAUCUAAAUGCUAGGCCCUAGCUUCAAUAGAAAUUCAGUCAGGAACAUUUACAUAUAAUGUAUUAUUCACGAGGAAGAUAUUGUUGCAGGUGCUUCUAUUAUACUAGUAUAUGUCAAUGUUCUUACUUCAGGAAACAAUAAACAUUUCCUGAUGCUUAUUUUCAUGUGUGUUCAGGGAUACAAUACAAACUAGCUUAUUGUUGUUUUUUUCCUCAUUUAUCAUAUUUGUGAUACAUUCUGAACAAAUUCAAAUUAUCGAAUGUUAAUUUCUGUUUAUUUUCUUUAAAUUUUGUAUCUGUGUAUUAUUAUUUAAAAUUACAAGAUCAUUUAUUUCCUGAAACUUUCAUUAAAUGAGCUGUGUAUAGCUUUUCUUUCGAAUUCUAGAUCAUUCUCAUUUUCUAAGGUUUUCACGUGUUGUCUUGUUUUGAUUUUUCCAGUAUCCGGAGGUUUAAAAUAUGUGUUACCCUUAAUUGAUUAUUAGCAAGCAUUGUUAAAUUGAUAUUGACAAGCCCAAAUUCUUACACUUAUCUUUGGCAUCAUAUAUUUUAAGCAAGCCAAGCUUAUGUAAUAUCCAGAAUUUUAGCUGUACUCCACAUAGGCCUAAAAAGCAGGCUGGGGCACCCUGCUUGCCCUUUUCCAGCACCCUCCGGCCUUUUUACUACACCAUGCUGUUAUCUUUUGUUUGAGAGUCAGUUUUAAGAAAUGAGUAUAAAAAUAAGAGUAUAAAAAUAGAAAUAUACACAAUUUUGACUCUAAAGACAGUAAAAUAAAUAUAACAACUAAGGUAUUUAUAACAAACUAUUUAGUAUUGAAAGUAGUUACAACACAUACACAAUAAGAAUUGAACAUUAGCCCUUGCAAGUGCCCUAUUAAGGGUUAUUCAAUGUGCAUCAAAAGUGCCCUUUCUGACCUAGCACUCUGCCAUUUUCAAAUCCUUGCUGGAGCACUGAAAAAUUAGGGAUCCCAUGAUGCAAUUUACCAGUGAAGGGCUUUUGGGCUUGUUCAGUAGUCGAUAUUAGCACAAGCCCGCAAGCCCUUCACUGGUAAAAUGCUUUCCGGACUUGCUCAAAUUCUGGGUUUUAAAUAGCAGGGCUUGUUCAAAAAUGUAAUGCCAAGCUGUAGUAUAUGAAUUCGGGCUAGUUCAUCCAAAAGACUAAUUUCGAUGACUGCUUGUUCUAGAUUCCACCAUCGGUUUGAUUCUAGAUCUGAUCGAUUCGUGACAAAUUGUAAAUGUUAAGCCCUUGCAAAAUUAAAUCAAUCAACGGUAAUCAUCAUCUUAUUUAAAAGCUGUUUAUGGCAUAAUUUUUCUUCAAAAAUCAUGUAAAAUUAUCACUCUGAUCUCCGUUAACACCACACUCUACCUCUCACAUUGCCCAAUUUAAAAAAUUUAUUAAAACUUUUGCAAUAAUGAUAUUUAGAUUUUAUUUGAAUUCUAUACUAUUUUUAUCAAGUUUUGUUGAAUAAGUAUUAGUUUAAACUUAAUUGUUUCUUUGAUGUUGAUACUCGCUUCUGUUGUUGUUUUUUCGACAAUAUUUUUGAGAGGUUAAAUUGAGGUUUUAAAGCUGCACUCUCACAAGUUUGACCUUUUUGAAAACAUCUGUGCCUUUAAUUCAGUCAUAUAAGAUAGAACAGAUCUCAAUUGUUUGGUAAACUGCUGAAAAUUGCAUUUUUUGCCAUAAAACAUCAACUUUCAAACGUAAAUAUGGAAACUCUUAAAGCGUUAGUUAUGCUUUUAGCGAUAAAACAUCAACUUCCAAACGUAAAUAUGGAAACUCCGAUCCGCUCUUUUGUCAGCAGUUUUAUAUCUGAGGUUUUCAUGCACUUUCUCAAAAAUUGGCACGCUCCAAGAUAAAAUAUAAAAAAAAGUUAUCAAAUCGUUCAGUUUGUGAGAGUGCAGCUUUAAGUGACAAUAAACAAAGAAACAGAAAGAACCUUUUUGCUGAGAAUGCUCUGGUGCCACCAGUACUGGUUUCUACCCAGGAAACAGUCAUACGUGUGAUUUUCUAAGCUUUUGUCACUAAUGAUUAAAAAGAAAUAAGUCAAUACUAAAGUAACCUUUUCGCUUUCAGGCAUUGUAUCGAUUUAUUGUUUAUAAAUAACAAGUGUGAUUCUUGGGUUAUUUCCAUGAACAAUCGAGGGAUAGAGAUUUAACAAAACAUAUUGUGGUUUGUUAAAGUGUAUGGGGAUUGUUUUGUUGAUUAUAAUUGGACAGUGAUGUUGAAAGGGACUCGCUCACCUGUUUGAUAAGCCCAUAUACAUCGAAAAAAAGUUUUCAUGUAAAUUGUGAACAGAACGCUUGUUUCAAUGAUAUGACGUCAUCAGUAAUUCAAAUAAGAGCUCUGUUAUGAAUAAUUAUUUAAAAAUAUAUUUUUCAGAAAAAGUUAGUACACAAUUGAAAAUAAAAUUAUUUUAAGCUUGGCAUUGACAAAAUUAUGUUCAAUUGAAUAUUUGUCAGUUACUGUUAGUGUUUGUUCAUUGUUAUAAGUAAAUAUCUUGAUUUGGAAAAAAAUGUUGCCAACAAAAUCAGUGAGCUGGGUCCCGUUAAGAACAUCGUUUUUACUGGUUUAUAACAAAUACUCAAAGUUGGAAUUUGCUGUUUUGUUAACAUACGGAAUGUAUGAGUCGGUUCACCAUUUCGUUGGAGAUUUUUUUCUUUAAAUAAUACAUGUAAAUUGAUAAGAAAAAAUGUAUGUCUGAAGAAAACUGAAAAUGACCUUCCUUACUAAAAGAAUGCACUUUUAACAUUGAAAUAUAUGGAGACAUGAUUUUUUAAUAGUUGCAUUUGUAAUGACUCGAACAUAUUUUAAUACUUAAGUUUUUGUGAAAAUAGUCUGCCAAAGUACUAGUCUUAUUUUUUCAACUAGUACAGUGUGUAAUAUUUAAAUACUUGUCCAAGGACAUCAUUUUGUUAGAACACAUAAGGCUUUAUAAGUUUAUAUCAUGCUUUACUUCAUCACAUAUAUUCAUUAUCGAUGUUUGACAUUCAAUAUGUAGAACUCACUGUUAUAAUUCAUCCAUCACCAUUCAUUCACUUGGAUUUCAGGAACACUAUAUAUUUACUAUAUGUUGUCUAAAUGGUGUACAUGUACCUUGACUGAAAUUACACAAAUAAAUUACAAAGAUUGAAAA